UAGAUCUGGAUCCUCCCAAGAAUAGAAUUGAUUUUUGCUUCCUUCUCUUACUCUGAGAGCUCCACUCCUGGCCUGGAUUGUACCGAUUUGGGCUGCCCAGAGGGCAGUUUGCACAAUAGGCUGGCAAAGCACACAGGCUAAGUGCUGAGGAGAGGGACCAGCUGCUGCCAAACCUGAGGGCUGUGGGAUGGAACGAGCUGGAAGGCCGAGAUGCCAUCUUCAAGCAGUUCCAUUUCAAAGACUUCAACAGGGCUUUUGGCUUCAUGACGAGAGUGGCCCUGCAGGCGGAGAAACUGGACCACCAUCCCGAAUGGUUUAACGUGUACAACAAGGUGCACAUCACCCUGAGCACCCACGAGUGUGCAGGCCUGUCAGAGCGGGACAUCAACCUGGCCAGCUUCAUCGAACAAGUAGCAGUGUCCAUGACCUAGACCCUGCCUUUCCUCUUUGAACUCUUCAGGGAAAGGGGUGACUGAACUGGAAAUCCGGAGAGAGGGAACAGGGGAGCCCCAAAAUGUUGCUGUAGUCAAAUUGCCAAGCCCGCCCUGCUGCCUCCGUCUAGGGAUGAGUCCUUGCUGCGGAAAGAAAGGCAGUGUCACUGCCAACACCAGGAACUUACAGCGCGUUUCCCCGCACCCUCGGGGCUCUACUAAAUGUACACUACUUUGAAUAAGGUCUCCCCAUUCUUUAAAACUUCCCGGCAACAUGAUUUUCUUUCCCACUGUAUCUUGCUCCGUUUCUAAUUCAUUUCCCAAGAAGCUGUGUUAGAAGCUGGGUCUAAAAUACACAAAAUCUCAUCUCAGAAAUCAGAACCCUAAUGCCAACCCCCUCUUGUGUGAUAAAAACACACGAUACCUCAAAUAAAGCUCGUUUCACUUGG